GUUCGGUCCACGGUCCACGCGCGUUGAGCGCCGUGCCGACGUGUCAGCACGCUGCGGGUCGCGCGUUCGCUGCGGGUCGCGUGUGGCGCGUAGAUCGGUGCAGCUGAGGUACGAGUUCAUCAAGAACAACAACUUCCAGGGCGUCUCCCUGGGGCUCAUCCGCCGCUUCGCCAUCCAGCUGCUCGCAGCCCUGCGCUUCCUGAAGAAGUGGCAGACCCCGAUCAUCCACUGCGACCUGAAGCCGGAGAACGUCCUGCUGAAGAACCCCACCAAGAGUGGCAUCAAGGUCAUCGACUUCGGGUCUUCCUGCUUUGAGGACGAGCGCGUGUACACGUACAUCCAGAGCCGCUUUUACCGGUCACCAGAGGUCAUACUGGGUGUCCCGUACGACGUCGCCAUCGACAUGUGGUCGUUCGGCUGCAUACUGGCAGAGCUGUACACCGGCUACCCCCUGUUCCCUGGCGAGAACGAGG